GGCUGCGCAUAUGUAUAGGCUAGAAUCGUAAGAUAAUGAACGGAUCAAUAACCAUGAUGAUUAAGUUAAUUCGAGGAACACAUGUAACAUGUCAAUUGGACGAAAACAAUGUAUUAUCUAUAUUUACAUAUUAUUUACAUUAGAGAAGGUUUUGUGGUUUAACAUUCGCUUUCCAGAAUUGUCAUAACGAAAUAAAACAAAAAAAAUAAGAGCCGCUAGAUGAAAGAAUGAAUCAGUAAUUUACUUAUUUUUUAUUUUUUUUUCCAUCUUAAGCUCUUUUUUUCUGCCUCUCUUCCUCUUCCCUCUCUCUUUUCUUUCGUUCUUUUUGGCUGGAACUCUUUUUUCUCUCUGAGUGACCCUUUUCUCUUUCAUGUCUACGCAUUUUUCUUUACUAAUAAUUAUUUUAUUUAUUAAAAAAUUUACAAAUAUAAAAAAUUUAUGAAUAAUAGUUAUAUUUUUUAGAAAGUUUAAAAAGAUAAAAAAUAUUACCAUAGACCAUGUAUAGCAAGAAAAUCUUAAAGUCAAACACAUAGGUCAUGUCGUCACUUAGCUCGACGGAAAUCUGACAUGGACGUUGUUUUGGCGAUUUUUUUAGUAAAACUAAUUUAUCGUUUUAUGCUUUGAGAGGAAGGAGAUUGGCGGGGGGCUCCCCCGGCUGCCCACCUCCCCCUCGAGCGAGGUUGGCGGGGGCAUCUCUUACCUUUGGCCAGUUAGUUUCCUCCCCUUCCUCUCCCUUUGUCGGAAAAUAGAGAGUGAAAGGAGACAUGUUGGGGGCUCCCCUAGCCGGCCACCACCCACUUGGGCGAGGUCGUCGAUGAUAGGUGAUGCCCCCCACCAACCUCACCCGAGGGGGACGUGGCCAGUCGGGGAAGCCCCCAGCCGAUCUUCUUCCUCUCGAUGUAAAAAAAGUGUUAUUUGCAUAUUUUAAUUUUAAUUUGUCCACUGAAAUAUAUAUUUUCUUUGAUUAUAAGGAAGGCUCAUGAGUCAAAUACAAUGACUGUUCACUCAAAUAUAUAUCAUUAGUAAUAGUGAUAUUAUUAUAAAAUUACAUAUCUUUCCUGUUAAUUUAUAUUUCAAUCCAAAUACUGUAAUAUUGUAUUACCAUAUAUUUUCUUGGUAAUAUAACGUAUUUAACAAAUAUAGUAAUAUUAUAUUUCAUAAAAUCUAACAUUCCUAGACUUAUUUUUCAGUGAUACUUCCCCUAUAAUUUAACAAUCAACAAACCAAACGCCCCUUAAUGGAUUUAUCUAAUUACAUUGUUCGAAAGAAUGCGAUAAAAUUGAAGGAAAAGAGAAGAAAGAAUUACGAUAAAAAGACUUGCCAAAAAAAAAAAGAGGGAAAAAAAAAGAGAACAAGAUAAUAUUAAUUUUUGGACAAAAAUGGAAAAUUUGAAAUAUAUGACCGUUGAUUUUCUCUCCCUUUUGCUACCUCUCUGAACUAAUCUAGCGCUCUGUCAGAUAUCACGUCUCUUAAAUCGGCGCCGUUCGGUCCGAGCUACGACAUCCUCGAAGAUGCUCACUCCAGGUUCUCCAACCUCUCAGUCAAGAAGAAAGGCAAACUCCGAGUUUGUGAGGAUUCGGAUUCUAGCGAUGAGGGGGACGCUAUUGAGGUUAUUGUUCCGGAGCUUGACGAGAAAAACCAGAAAACUCUCGAGAUUGUUCAGAUACCCAUUGAAGAUGGGAAUGUAGAUAAACUCAAAGUAGACCGAUGUAAAGUUUACUUGAGGAAGACCGGGCUAAGAUUGACCGGCACUAAGGAGACUCUAAUUAAGAGGAUGAAGGAGCACUUAGAAAUUACAAAUGGUGGAGGUGAGAAGAAAUAUCCACCCUCUAGCUUUGUGAUAAACUGUAAAGGGAUGCAUGCAUUGGUGAUGUGGUGAUGUUUCAACAGAAUGUUUAUCAUGAUCAGUUCAACCUUGCGUCACGGAGUGCUAAUGGUCCACCAAUUGGCAAGAGAAUUGUCGCAGGUCGCAUUAUCAAGGAAAGCUAUGGUUCUGCUAAGCAACAACAAACAUUCACAAUAGAAGUUCUUUGGAGCAAAGGAGAAAAGCCGCUGCCUCCUCUUCAUCCUUUGUUCAUUAAAGGUCGAAAUCUUUAUCGGUUCAACACUAUGAGACAGAGAUGGGAGGAUGAAGCAGAAAGAGAAAAACUUUUGAUGGAAAAGCACUCUAGAGGUUCUUUAGCAAGGUCUGAUAGGGAAGCACGACUACGGGAGAAGGAACGGAGGAAAGCAUUGAAAGCAGAAAGAUACAAAGAUAUUAAUGCCUGGUUAGCAAUGAAAAAGAAGGAAAAGGUCAAUUGCGCUCGGUCAGGUUCCACCUUCACAAUGAAAAAUAAUACUGUUCGAGCUCCAAAAGCAGGUCCUUUUGUUACUAAUUCCGACCUAAGGAUUCCACCUAUAGCAUUAGGACUUGUCAGGAACCGAGCGGUACAUGCUCAUGGUCCUCAAGUUCCGAUUAUUCUGCAGCAUCCACAAGGAGGACAAGAUCAACAUCAUCAUGCUGCUUGGAAGAAUCCUGGGAUCUCACAGAGCUUUCCUGGAAGAAAGCAAGUUUUGCGCCAUAACUAUUUGGGAAGCCCCACACUCUGUCCCAGCAAUUCUGCUCAUAUCCAGAACAGGGACGGGCACCCAUUGGCGAACGUGAACCAAUAUCCGAGGAUUGGAACACAGGGGCGAGCAGAAUCACAUAAGAGGCAGUUGUGCCGACACUUCAACAAGGGAAUGUGCCACUUUGGAGAUAACUGCAAGUUCUUGUACGAGUAGUGAGGAGAGAAUGUGUGGAAAAGGCAAGAGAUGGUCCCCGAAUGGUCAAAUGAAGCGCGCGAAGUGGCUCUACUAGAGAUAGGAAGUUAGCUGAUCGCAGUCCAUGGAAAUUUUGACAAAGUCAUCUGCAAUGUUUGCUCCAUAGUUGUGCCCAGAAGCAGUUUUUCGUUCCUCAGGGGUUUGGUCGGUGAAAUCUUCAUGUAGAUAAAAGAUCUGUUCAUAAUGUGAUGAACAUCGACUGCUGGGAGUGGUAUUUUUCUACUCCACAGCUUCGCUGUGAAAACACUUGUAGUCGGUCUUUUUGCAGAUAUUAGAUACUCGAAAUUUGGGAUACAUGAAAUCCCUGACAUGUUUGUGAGUUUGAUUUUCUGCUUAGAUUCUCAUUCCUAAUCAA